CAACAGAAACAGAAUAAAGAAAUAGAAACGUUCGCAAAUAAGUACAUACAUAUGUAUUUACAUGCGUGUGUACAUAAAUAGAACUAUAUAAGCUGCAUUCUUGUGCCGUUUUUUACAGUUAUUCGGUCAAGCAGCACUCGCGCUAAUCAAAUAACAGCUCAUUUGACCCAAGUAAAUCACACGGACGGACAGACAGACUCAAACAAUUGAGAUUGUGAUUAAUACGCAUCACAAUGUUGCGAUUCACAAUGCACUUCAAGGGGCGGUUGAGGGGUUUACUGCUCCUGCUGUUUGUGGCCUGUCUAGUUGCUUCAGGCGAGAGUCUCGGUUUCCGUCGGGGUCGCCAAGUGGAUGGAUUUCUGGGUGAGCCCAGCAAAAUUGUUAGUCUGCAGCGUGCAUUGGACGUGGAUGAUUUGUGGUUCGAGCAGAGAUUGGAUCACUUCCAGUCAGAGGAGAAACGCACCUGGAAGCAGCGAUACUUUGUGAACGAUGCUUAUUACCGGAAUGACAGUCAUGCUCCCGUGUUCUUGAUGAUUGGUGGUGAGGGGGAGGCCACUAAGAAGUGGAUGCACGAAGGCGCCUGGAUCCAUUAUGCCGAGCACUUUGGUGCUCUGUGCAUUCAGCUGGAGCAUCGCUACUAUGGCAAGAGUCAUCCAACCAGUGAUCUGUCUACCAGCAACCUGGCCUAUCUCAGUUCGGAGCAAGCCUUGGCGGAUCUGUCCAGCUUUGUGAUCGCCAUGAAGACCAAGUUUAAUCUGGCGGAAACACAGAAAUGGAUUGCAUUCGGUGGCUCUUAUCCGGGUUCAUUGGCUGCCUGGGCCAGGGAGAAGUAUCCAAAUUUGAUCUAUGGUGCCAUCAGCUCAAGUGGUCCAUUGCUGGCCCAAGUGGACUUUAAGGAUUACUUCGAGGUGGUGAAGGAAUCACUGGCCAGCUACAAACCCGACUGCGUCCAAGCUGUGCAACGUGGUUUCGCCCAAGUCGAGAUUCUGCUGAAACAUAUGAUUGGACAACGCAACCUGGAUGAUAAGUUCAAAACUUGCACUCCCCUUAAAGAUUCAAUUGAAAAUGCCUUGGACAUCUCGAGUUUCUUUGAGAAUCUGGCUGGAAACUUUGCUGGAAUUGUGCAGUACAACAAGGACAAUUCCCCGCAUGCCAAGAUCACCAUUGAUGAGAUCUGCGAUGUCAUGCUAAAUACGACAAUGGGUCCACCUGUGACUCGAUUGGGAGCGGUUAAUGACAUGGUGCUGAAGCAGUCCAAGUCCAAGUGUUUGGACUACAAGUACGACAAGAUGAUAGCCGAUAUGAAGAACGUUUCCUGGGACUCGGAGACGGCAAAGGGCAUGCGUCAAUGGACUUAUCAGACAUGCACGGAAUUUGGAUUCUAUCAGACGUCUGAGAAAGAGACGGACGUAUUUGGUGAUCGCUUUGGAGUUGACUUCUUUAUACGUCAAUGCAUGGAUGUGUUUUCUGAGCGCAUGGAUGCCAAGUACCUGGACCAGGUCGUGUCCAAAACUAAUAAAUAUUAUGGUGCACUCAAGCCGGAGACAACGAAUGUGUUGUAUGUGCAUGGUUCCAUUGAUCCCUGGCAUGCUCUGGGUCUGUAUGUCUCACCGAACGCCAAGACGCCCACCAUUUAUAUAGAAGGCACCGCUCAUUGCGCCAACAUGUACGAGCCGUCGAUUAAAGAUACUCCGCAGCUGAAGGAGGCACGCAACAAGAUACUCAAGUAUUUGGCCAAAUUGCUGGACGGUUAUGCCAGCUUGGCUAAAUUCUCUUGAAUUUGGAGUGCAAUUGAAAACCAGCAAUAAAUGUGUCAACUUGGCAAUAUUGAAAUAC